AUGAAGACCCAUGUUUGCUCUCUUUUUUUGUUUGCUCUCUGCUGGAUUUUAGCAUGCGUUGGGAACGUGACGGGAAAUGGCAUGGUCAUGCCUGUCCAGACCUCAAAGGGGCUCAGAAGACAGGCAGCAGCUGCUGAUCAGCAGAAAGAUUUACAGUCAGAAAAUGUUCAGAUGGAUGAGCCUGGUGCAGAUGUGGAGGCUAGGAGGGACAAACCUAGACAUAAGAAGUCACCAGAGGAGGUAAUAGCAGAUAAGGAAAAGGAGGAGGCAGAGAAAGAGACAAAAGAAAAGAAACCAAAAGUCCCCAAGCCCAAACCACCCAAACCAACGAAGAAGCCUAAGCCAACCAAAAAGCCCAAACCUCCAAAGCCAACAAAAAAGCCCAAACCCACAAAAAAACCAAAAGCUCCAAAACCCACCAAGAAGACCAAAUCAGUGAAAUCCACUGUAGCUUCUGUUGCCAUUAGGACAAAAAGCUCUCCAACUAAUAAACCAAUUCUGAUAAAGGAGGAGGAGAAAAUUGACAUGGAUUACAUUCCCACCAAAAAAGAAGAUCCAGUGCCGACAGCUAAAGCUUCAAAAGAACAUGACUCAGAUUACUGGGAUGCCAGAUAUGAGGUACCAGAGCCUGACCUUUUGUCUAAAGGCAAGGAGGAUGUCGCUACCACCACUGAGGAUCCGAGUAUAUAUUUACCCAUCCCAGAGGAGACCGCAACCACGCCAGUUGUCCCCUUGUUUGAAGAAUAUGAAUACCCUGACUUGGCAGCAAAGAAGAUGGAGGAGGAGAGAGAAGGAAAACGGAAAGAAAAGGAGGAAAAAGCAGAAAAACUCAGGAAGCAAUGGGAGGAGGAGGAAGAAGAAAGAAGAAAACAGACUUCUGUCGACAUCAAACCAAAAAAAUGCCCUCCUCUUGGCAUGGAGUCACACCGUGUGGAGGAUGACCAAAUCUCUGCCUCCUCAACUUCCCAUCAUGGAUAUGCAGCCCAGAGAGGCCGUUUAAACAUGCAGGCCUCAGAUAAUGAGGAAGAUAUUUAUGGAGGGGCCUGGUGUGCAGACAGCGAAGAAAAGGACCACUGGUUUCAGCUUGCUUCCCGUCGAGAGGUGGAGUACACUGGGGUCAUCACUCAGGGUAGAGACUCUGAAACUGACAAUGAUUUUGUUUCUUCAUAUUUCGUGUCCUUCAGCAAUGACAGUCGUGAAUGGACAGUACUUCACGAUGGCUAUGCUGAAUGGCUCUUCUAUGGCAAUGUGGACAAGGACACACCGGUAAAGACUGAGUUCAUCCAGCCUGUGGUUGCACGGUACAUUAGAAUAUUACCUCAGAGCUGGAAUGGCAGUCUGUGUAUGAGACUGGAAGUUCUUGCCUGCCCCCUGCCCAAUAGUUACCCGACUGAGAAUGAUGUCACACCCAAUGAUGACUUGGAUUACAGGCAUCACAACUACAAGGAGAUGAGACAUAUGAUGAAGGUGAUCAAUGAGGAAUGUCCUAACAUUACCAGAACCUAUAACAUUGGCAAGAGCUUUCAAGGGCUGAAGAUGUAUGCAAUGGAGAUUUCGGACAAUCCAGGAGAACACGAGACAGGUGAACCUGAAUUCCGCUACACCGCAGGACUGCAUGGGAAUGAAGUUUUGGGCAGAGAGCUCCUGCUACUGCUUAUGCAAUUCCUGUGCAAGGAGUACAAUGAUGACAAUCCUCGCGUACGGCGUCUGGUGGAUGGAGUGCGCAUUCAUUUAGUACCCUCCCUUAAUCCAGAUGCACAUGAGUUGGCUUUUGAAACGGGCUCAGAAAUGGGAAAUUGGGCACUGGGCCAUUGGACACAGGAGGGUUAUGACAUAUUCCAGAACUUUCCAGAUCUUAACAGCAUACUCUGGGGUGCAGAAGACAGAGGCUGGGUUCCUCGUAUAGUGCCAAACAACCAUAUCCACAUACCUGAGAAUUUUUUGAAUGGCUCGGUGGCUGUUGAGACUAAAGCCAUAAUUUCAUGGAUGGAGCGAACGCCUUUCGUUUUGGGUGCAAACCUACAAGGCGGUGAGAAGAUUGUGACCUACCCGUUUGACAUGCAGCGGCCGCCCAAGGACACUACCAUGAAUGGCAGAGGGGGUCAGCGCAAUGGCCGUCCAGUGACAGAUUACCACAUGAACGAGGAUACAUGGGCCCGGAUUCAGAGGCAAAACGAGGGUGCACUGCGGGAGACGGCAGACGAGAACAUGUUUCGUUGGUUGGCCACGAGCUAUGCCCACAGCCACCUCACCAUGACGGAGACCCAGCACGGCUCAUGUCACACUGUCGAUGUCACAGAGGGCCAGGGCAUUAUUAACCGUGCCAGCUGGAAGCCUGUUGUUGGAAGCAUGAAUGAUUUCAGUUACCUUUACACUAACUGCUUUGAGAUAUCCAUCUUCCUGGGCUGUGACAAGUUUCCUCAUGAGAGUGAGCUGCCACUGGAGUGGGAGAACAACCGAGAGUCCUUGCUGAGUUUUAUAGAACAGGUGCAUCGUGGAAUCAAAGGUGUAGUCAAGGACGUAGAUGGCAAUUACAUCGCAAAUGCUACAAUAUCUGUUGAGGGCAUCAGGCAUGAUGUUAAAUCAGCUUCCACAGGUGACUACUGGCGUCUUCUAAACCCAGGAGAGUACCGUGUAACUGCGAGGGCUGAUGGUUAUUCAUCUCAGACAAGAUUGUGCAUGGUGGGCUAUGAGGCGGGUGCUACACGGUGCAGCUUCACAUUAACCAAGUCCAACUGGGAUCGAAUUAAAGAAAUUUUAGCCCAAAACCGUAAUAAACCAGUAAGGACAGUCAGCAAAAUCCAAGUAAAACAGCCCGGCACCACUAGUGCAGACAAAAGUCAGGUCACAGUGUCCCAGAACAGCAAAAAUCCAGUCGUAGUAACCAAAAUCAACAAAGGUGCAAGUACGGAGUCCCAAGGCAACAACAAUCCAGUCAUAGUAUCCCAAAGCAACAAAGGUACAGAGUCCAUUAGCAUCAAAGUUCUACCCUCAGAGGCCCAGAAUGAGCGACUUCGCCGUCUUCGCAUGAAUCGCUUGCGCCCGAUGCAAUGGCGCAGACUGCGACAGCAGAGGCUGAGAGCCACCAUUAGCACCACCACAGAGGCCACCACACCCACAACCACCACUCAGCUUCCUACCACAACCCCGCCAUUCAUAACAGAGAGCAUCGACUCCUGGUUCGACACAUGGUUUGCACCUGAAGGCUCAGAUCCAGUGAACCCAGAUGACCAAGAAAACUUUCAAGGCCCAACAGAAAUUGAGCCCCAAGAGAGAGAACCCACAGAAGAUUACUUUGAGUAUAGAAUAGAUGAUUAUUGAGUACAGGUGCUGUGUCCAUGCACCCCAUUUCAGCAGUACCUUUUUUUUUUUUUUUUGAGGUUUGCAGCUAAUUUUGAAUUUGAUUCCAGUACUGCUCUACUAAAGUAGCAGGUAGUAACUAUUUGUAAAUACUUUUAAUGUGUCCUGACAAGAAAUAGCUAGAUAAUCAUUUAAUGGCAUACAACCAAACAGCUUUUAAUAUGUUUUGUUAAGUAGGUGGUUAUUGCCUUUUGCAUUAGUGGGUCAGUCAUGCAAAAAUAUACUCUGCUGACCGGAGACAGGAACACAUCAGGAUGUUAUUGAAAGUUUUUACUGUAAGGAGAAAAUUGUAUCAAAUAAUUUUAAACUAUAUACAACUCCAAAUCAGUAAUAAAAUAAAUAAAAUAAAA